AUGCCGCGUGGUGGGAAACGGGGCGGUGGUGCGCGAGCGCCACCACGCAAUGUCCCACGCCCACGAAGUCGUGGUUUAGACCGACCUGCCCCAAACUCUAUACUUGGUACCGGUUCCGCUGGUUUCACUCUACAAGAUGAGGCACGUAGCACGGCCCAUCGCUCGUCACCGUGGACCAGUGAUUCAAGGUUACGACAUCGGCCCGUUACCUUUGUUAACAUUGGGGCUUCAGAGCCGCUUAAGCACCUAGAAGCCAUCUUGCAGCAGGAGAAGAGUGCUAGUCAACACGAAGAGACACAAGGGUCUACUCCCAUUCGGGAGGCCACAGUGCUUGGCCAGCCUGACGAGCCCGCUUCUACGUCUAAUGAAACCCAUAUACCCGAUGGAACGCCUACAAACUUGACAGAUGACCUGGCUCGAUCUCCUGGUCAAGUCAAGCUCAUGGAUGCCACAACCGAAAUUGUCAAGCAAGAAGUUAACAUUGGCGUGAAACCCCAAGUACAACCAGAGGUGUCCACGGCGCUGCCAUUCUUCGUCGAUAUUACCAGAGAUAAGAACCUACUCAGGAAUGUCCCAGUUCAACACGUCGAACGUUCGCCGUCACCUAUUCCGUCCGAUUCGAGCGACGAGGUAAUUCUUUUUAGAGGCCGUAAUAAGGCAGCUGGAAUUGAAAAGAAACAGAAGCAAAGGACGAAACAGAGAUCUUUCAACCUGGGCGGUAUUGAAACAGAGCUCAAAGUGGUGGAGGAGACUGUUAAGACCAGGGAAGAGGGUAGCAUUGGAGAGCCGGGAAAAGCCCGUCUCAACCUGCCGCGGCAAUCUCGACAAGAUUCAAGGGCCCAGAAUCGCCAGGAAGAGGAUGACGUGAUUGCUGACUACAUCGCCAAUAUGCGUGAAUAUGGCGAUGACGACGGUUUGAUACCUGCGCAAGCCUAUUCCUGCCGAGACAUCGGAGGUUCCCUUAGCGAGUCCGAGGAUAUUGAAGAGUCGUUCCAGACCCUCUCCGCUCCUGACGAGGCAACUAUUGUGCUGGGAGACAAACAACUGGGCGGAACGGGGCCGGAAGCAGAGAUCAAGGCCCGCGCAGUCGACGCAGAACUGCCACAAAAAGCUCAGAAACACUCGGUUCAGGGCAACACAACACGACUCGAUGAUGCUCUUUUAACAGCUCUUGAAACUGACGUCUCGUACCUGGGCUUCCUCGAUCAAUCUCUUGCAGAAGACGUAUCCCCUCAAUCCGAAACAACAGACCAGGCGGAUAUAGACGAUGAUGUAUUUGCCUCGGCAGCAGAUCAGUUCGCUAAUGAGGUUGAUGACUUCGAUUUUAUGGAUUGGGGCCGUCCAGCGCUGAAGCGCAAGGGCAAGGGAGCCAAAGGAAAGGUUCCUGUGUUCGACAUUUCGGAUUCAGAGCUCGAGGGUAAGAUGCAGGCGGCAUGGAAGAACGACCGGUUAAGAAAAGCGGAGAGAAAGAAGGAACGACAGGCUCUUCGUACCCAAGGUCUGCUGGGUAAACACGCCAAUCCGGAAGACAUGCGCAUCAAGUAUCCGCACGGUAUGGCGCUGGAUCAGAUCGCCGACGAAUUGAGGGCAUUUCUUUUAGGCACUCAACCAAGUUUGACGUUGCCGCCCAUGGACAACCAUGCUCGAAAAGUUAUACAUGAGCUCGCCAGCAAGUUUAAUAUCAAAUCCAAGUCAACUGGAUCGGCUGACCAACGGCGGCCCAUGUUACAUCGUACUCUCAGAACCGCCAAAUUCGCCGACGAGACAUUUGAUGUCGCAAUUGCCAGGGUUGGGCGAAAGUAUUUCUCUCGCAACGACACGGCGGUGCGGGCUGCUGUUCAGCGGCAGUCAGCACGACGUGGCGGCGGCGGCGGCGGCGGCGGCCAUGCGAGUGUCGUCUAUCGAGAUGGCGAGGUUGUCGGUGGAUCUGCGCCGGAAUUGGGCCAGGAAAACAAAGGACGCGCGAUGCUUGAAAGAAUGGGUUGGAGCAGCGGCACCGCCCUUGGUGCGCUUGACAACAAGGGCAUCCUGCAGCCGGUCGUCCAUGUUGUCAAGCGUAGCAAGGCCGGCCUGGGAUAA